CGCAUGCGCCCGAGCCGGCACUGCCCUCUGCACCCGCCCGCGCCGCAGGGCCGCGUCCGCCUGCCUACUGAAAUAACAAGUUCAAGACUGUGGCUGUUACAGCACCUGAUAACAACAUGAACGUUUAAUUCAAAUCUGCAGUUUAAGAACAAACCUACAUACCUAGCCUUAUUCUUUCCUGUCACCCCUGUGCUACUGAGGCCAACGUUGGCUUGUCCUUGCUUCUUGUUACCUUGUCUGAAAUCAGUCAUGGCUGACGACUCUCAGAGAAACUUUCGAUCAGUGUAUUAUGAGAAAGUGGGGUUUCGUGGAGUUGAAGAAAAGAAGUCACUGGAAAUUCUGUUAAAAGAUGACCGGUUGGAUAUUGAGAAGCUUUGCACAUUUAGUCAAAGGUUUCCUCUCCCAUCCAUGUAUCGUAUACUGGUGUGGAAAGUGCUUUUAGGAAUUAUUCCUCCUCACCAUGAAUCUCAUGCUUUGGUGAUGAAGUACCGGAAGGAGCAGUACUGGGAUAUACACCAUGCUCUUCGUGUAAUUCGUUUUAUUAAUGAUUCUACCCCACAGGUAGAUGUUUUCCUACGCAUACAUCAACUGGAAUCAGGAAAAUUGCCCCGAAACUUGGCUUUUCCAUUGGAACCUGAAGAUGAAGUGUUUCUUGCUAUUGCUAAAGCAAUGGAGGAAAUGGUGGAGGAUCCUAUAGAAUGCUAUUGGCUUGUCAGUUGCUUUGUGAAUCAGCUGAGCAGUAAGCACAAAGAUUCAUUACAACAACUGCCUAAAAUUCUGGAGCAGUAUUUGAACAUUGAAGAUAACAGGCUCUUGAUGCAUCUGAAAGCAUGUGCUGCAAUGAGCAAACUCCCUUAUGAUCUUUGGUUUAAAAAGUGUUUUGCAGGUUGUUUACCUGAGUCCAGUUUACAGAGAGUUUGGGACAAAGUUAUUAGUGGGUCCUGCAAGAUUCUCGUUUUUGUUGCUGUGGAGAUAUUAUUAACGUUUAAAAUGAAAAUAAUAGCACUGAAUACUGCAGAAAAGAUCACACAGUUUUUGGAAAAUAUUCCUCAAGAUAACACUGAUGCUAUUGUCAGCAAAGCUGUUGAUUUGUGGCGCACACACUGUGGGACUCCAGCACACUCAGUCUGAGAACUUUCUUCGCUUAUGACAGCUUGGGGAAAAAAAAAGACAUUUGAAAAGACAUUUUACCACUCUUCCCCAUCCUAGUGUGAAGUUCUUCAUUACCUCGUCUAUGUAAAGAUGCUAUUAAAGCAGCUAAUAGCAUAGUGAUCAAUAUGUAAGUAUUUUUCAAUAAAUACAGGUGGA